AUGGUCAACCUCUUCAAGCGUCAGAAGGACACGCUCACCGUCUCUUGCCUCGAGGACGUCGUCUUCCUGCAUCCGCCGCCUACCAGCCCGCCGGCGUUGUCCCCUCCUCUCUCGCGCGAAGAACUCGCCGCCCAGGAGCCAUCGUCGCACGACCCGAUCUUGCGAGGACAGGUCACCCUCGUCACGCAGUCGUCGAGAAGGGCGAGGCGGAUACGAGUCGAGCUUGUUGGCAGGUGCACCAGGCAUGGAGGAGACGGGUCGCACAAUUACGAGGCGAGCGCGACGCUCGAGAAAAGCCUCGAGAUCGACCUGCAGGGCGAGAAGCUCGACGCCGGUACGCACACCUGGGACUUCAGCUUCAUCAUCCCGUCGUCGACAGCUGUCGGUGAACGGUCCAACUACGGCACCGUCCGCCAUUCGAUUCGAGCCACGCUGCACGGCGUCGGCAACUUUCGAGACUUGAUCAGCAUGCCGAAACCGAUCUUUGUGAUCGCCAAUCCUGCUCCUCCAGGCGACUUGCCCUCCGGCCUCGAGAUUGAUGUCCACCACCCAACGAACGAACUCGGCCCGAUCGCGCUGCACGUCUCCUCCCCUCAUUUGACCGUCGCCAGCUUGCUCUUCCUGAGCGUGACGUUCGAGAAGCCGCCUGAAGGACUCAAGAUCAUGAGCGUUCAGGCGUUCGUGAGGCAGGAGUUUGAGAUUCACUACUCGGCUUCGGAGAUUCCCGUCAGCCACCCGCCGGUUCAGCGGAAGCUGCUCUUCUACGCCGACUCCUCGACCGGCGUGCCCUCCUCCACCGACGACCUUCUAGACCGCAGCAACCUCUCGCGCGGUGCACCCCCUCCACUCGCUUACGAACCCCGCGCCCUCCUCCCUCAGCCACUCGCCCGCCUCCAAGGCGGCAAAGAAUGGCAAUACGCCCGCGUCACUCGCAUUCCCGACGACGACCUCGUCCGUCCUACGACGCUCGACGGGACUGAGACGCCCAUCCGCGUGGCGCAUCAGCUCGUCUGUCAAGUCAGGUAUCGGUUCAAGGGAAGCAAGAAGGAUCAGGUGCUUGAGAUGGCUAGCAACGUCACGAUCGCUUCGUGCUGCUGCCUCACCUCGUCGCUCCUCCUCCCGACCUACCGUCACCCGCACCACCCUUCCGCACACUCCACCUCAUCGACCCAGCCUUCCUCGCUCAACUCCUCUGUUGCGCCGACGCCCAACUCGCGCUCUCGCUCCUCGUCUCCCAGCCCAGCUCUCGCCCUCUCGACCCUGGCAGGCGGCAUGCCCGUGGGCGUCGACACCCCAACAGGUCAGCUCAUGCCUCUCCACCGCCGCUGUCUCUGCAACACGCCCAUGCAGCAACUGGUCGACGAAGACGGCGAGCGCCUGUGCGGCGUCGCUGCGAGCCAAAGCCGGUCUAGGAGUCGCGUUCCCCGUGGGCGGGAAAGGAGCGGGUCGGAUUUGCGGUAUGCUCGUGAGGCGGACGACGAAGUGUCGAGCGCAGAUGCGAGCGAGGAUGAGGGUGCGGAAGGAACGGGCGGGACAACGGGUCGAGGGAGGGACAGGCGUCCCAAGAUUGGCGAGACCUUCCCCGUCCCCGCCGAACCGGAAGGCGGCGCGCUACACGGCAUCGACGAGCUCCUGCCUCGUCCCGGCGCAUCAUGGGAAGCCCAGCGCGAGCUGUUGCUCCCGCUCCGUCCUCGCCCCGGCGGAGGAACCGUCCAGGCUGGAACGGCAGUUCAGCGAGUUGCGGCGGCUGGAGGGAGCGGGAGACAGGUCCUGCUCGUCGUGUAG